AGCAGAACAGAUCGCACACGGAUCGCGCGCACGCGAGCCCCGGACUCCGGAACUGAGCGAGCGUGCCUGCCCCUCCACGUCCCAUGCUCGCCAUGGCUCCUGGAGAGAAGAUCAAAGCCAAAAUCAAGAAGAAUCUGCCGGUGAGGGGGCCCCAGGCGCCUACGAUCAAAGAGCUGAUGCGGUGGUACUGCCUGAACACCAACACCCACGGCUGUCGCCGCAUUGUGGUGUCCCGCGGCCGCCUGCGGCGCCUGCUCUGGAUUCUGUUCACGCUCACCGCCGUGGCCCUUAUCUUCUGGCAGUGUGCACUCCUCAUGGCCUCCUUCUACACCGUCUCUGUCUCCAUCAAAGUCCACUUCCAGAAGCUGGAUUUUCCUGCUGUCACUAUCUGCAACAUCAACCCUUACAAGUACAGUGUGGUGCGGGACCUUCUAGCUGACUUGGAACAGGAGACCAGAGUGGCCUUAAAGACCCUGUAUGGCUUUCCAGAGAAUACGUCUCGAAAACGCCGAGAGGCAGAGUCCUGGAAUUCGGCUUGGGAGGGCACACGGCCUAAAUUCCUCAAACUGGUCCCACUGAUGGCUUUCGGUCAGGAUGAGACCGGUAAGGCCAGGGACUUCCUCACAGGGCGGAAGCGGAAAUUCAAUGGACGCAUCAUUCACAAGGCGUCGGAUGCCAUGCAUGUCCACGCGUCCAAGGAGGUGGUGGGAUUCCAACUGUGUUCAAAUGACACGUCCCACUGCGCCCUCUACACCUUCAGCUCGGGAGUCAAUGCCAUCCAGGAGUGGUACAAGCUGCACUACAUGAACAUCAUGGCACAAGUCCCUCUGGAGAAGAAAAUCAACAUGAGCUACUCUGCUGAGGAGCUGCUGGUUACCUGCCUCUUUGAUGGGGUGUCCUGCGAUGCCAGAAACUUCACGCUUUUCCACCACCCAAUGUAUGGGAAUUGCUACACGUUCAACAACAGAGAGAACGAGACUAUCCUCAGCACAUCCAUGGGGGGCAGCGAGUAUGGGCUGCAGGUCAUCUUGUACAUAAAUGAAGAGGAGUACAACCCCUUCCUGGUGUCCUCCAGCGGGGCCAAGGUGAUUGUCCAUCGGCAGGAUGAAUACCCCUUCAUCGAGGAUGUGGGAACAGAGAUCGAGCCUGCCAUGGCCACCUCCAUAGGGAUGCACCUGACGGAGUCCUUCAAGCUCAGUGAACCCUACAGCCAGUGCACGGAGGACGGGAGCGACGUGCCGAUCAGUAAUAUCUACAACGCGGCAUAUUCCCUCCAGAUCUGCCUUCAUUCGUGCUUCCAGACAAAGAUGGUGGAGAAAUGUGGGUGUGCCCAGUAUAACCAGCCUCUACCUCCAGCAGCCAACUACUGUAACUACCAGCAGCACCCCAACUGGAUGUACUGCUAUUAUGAGCUGCACCAGGCCUUUGUCCGGGAGGAGCUGGGCUGCCAGGCGGUGUGCCGGGAAGCCUGCAGCUUUAAGGAGUGGACACUGACCACCAGUCUGGCACAGUGGCCAUCCAUGGUUUCCGAGAAAUGGUUGCUGCCCGUUCUCACUUGGGACCAAGGCCAGCAAAUAAAGAAAAAACUCAACAAGACAGACUUGGCCAAACUCUUGAUAUUCUACAAAGACCUGAACCAGAGAUCCAUCAUGGAGAGCCCUGCCAACAGCAUCGAGAUGCUUCUGUCCAACUUCGGUGGCCAGCUGGGCCUGUGGAUGAGCUGCUCUGUCGUCUGUGUCAUUGAGAUCAUUGAGGUGUUCUUCAUCGACUCCUUCUCUAUCAUUGCCCGCCACCAGUGGCAGAAGGCCAAGGAGUGGUGGGCCCGGAGGCACGCUCCCCCUGGCCCUCAGGGCCAGGACAACCCAGGCCUUGAUGUAGACAAUGACCUGCCCACUUUCACCUCCGCGUUGCGCCUGCCUCCAGCCCCAGGGACCCAGGUGCCUGGCACACCGCCUCCCAGAUAUAAUACCUUGCGUUUGGAGAGGGCCUUUUCCGACCAGCUCACAGACACCCAGGUACCAGCUGAGUCCUGAGGCAGGGAGGUGAAGGGAAAUAUAGCUGGGACCCCCAGCCCCGGUCUGAGAACUUAGACCAUGUCACCCUGUCUCCUGCAUGUGGAAGGGACUCUUGGCACCCCUCUCUGGGCUUUUCAGAGACAUUGAGGACAAGUCUGCUUUGACCAACAACAUGGGGCCUGGGUGUGUGCAGGGGACCCAUUGGCCCCUGCCCAGCCACCUUCACAGCCGUCCAGGGUGAGAAAGAGCCGGCCGCCCAAACCCCUGGCACAUCUGCUCCAGAGAGAGAUAGGGGUCGAGGAAAUGGUGCCCAGCCAGCCGAAGGCCAGAAGGGAAGCCUGACAGAGCUUUCACCAGAUCUUGAGAGAGAAAGACUCCUCCA